AUGAAGGGAUUUUGCGCUGACAACAUUUCCUCCCAGAAUUUGAUGAAGUCCUCAGUUCAGAGGAGUAUCAAAGCAACGAUCUUAAAGCAGUACCCCAAAUUAGAAGAUUUCAUUGAGGACAUAUUUCCCAAAAAGGGGUCCCUGUUUUUAGGAAAAUGCAUAAACCACGUUACCGUAAUUAUUGGGAACAGUGAAUUACUUUUUUUUCAAAUAAGAAAUGGUCCAUGGAUGCCCAACUUAAAAUUAGUGCACAAAUACCCCUUCAUGAUGCCACAGAUACAAGUUGACAAAGGAGCCAUAAAGAACGUUCUGCGUGGGUCGAAUAUAAUGUGUCCAGGAGUUACAUCCCCUGGUGGAAAGCUUGAUGACGUGGAAUCGAACACGGUGGUUCAAAUUCGAGCGGAGGACAAAGAAUUCGCGUGUGCCAUAGGAAUAACUACCAUGUCAUCGAAGGAAAUCGUGGAGGUGAACAAGGAUAUUUGCAUCGAAAAUAUACAUUACCUGAAUGAUGGUUUGUGGAAUUGCAAAAUUGAGAAUUAG